AUGAAGCUGAACGGCACCCGUAUCGAACUCGAGAUCCGGACCAACGAACGCACCGGCGGUCUCAUCCAACGGCAGAAGAUGCCUCCACAACAAAGUCGUCUCCUGGUCAGCUCGCUCGCUCCCGGCACUCUCCUCCUUCUCCUCCUUGCCGGCGCCGGCGCCGGCGCUGCCUCGCCACCGCUUGUCGGCGUUUCUCCCCACGACGAGGCGUACUUCGCGCCGCAGGUAAUCUCCUGCAGGGACGGCUCAGGCUCAUUCCCCAAGAGCCGGCUCAACGACGGGUACUGCGAUUGCGCCGAUGGAACCGACGAGCCAGGUACUUCGGCUUGCCCGGAAGGCAAAUUUUACUGUACAAAUAUUGGAGACGAUCCUCGUCUCCUGUUCUCUUCGUUUGUGAAUGAUAACAUAUGCGAUUGUUGUGAUGGAAGUGAUGAGUAUGAAAGUGGUGUCCAUUGUCCAAACACAUGUAAAAAUAGCCAUGCCACUGCUGAGGUGGACAAUGGUGUUAGCGAGCUGUCAGUAGCACAUUUAGAUGGUACAAAUGUAAUUACUAGUAAACAUACACUGGACAUAGAAGAUCUUAUCCAGAAGCUAAGAGGAUUAAGAAUGGCUGCAGUCAUUGAACUGGGUCUUGUUGUAGGUAUUUUUGUUUUCUGCUUUGCUCGACGGAACACUCGUACAAGGAGGAGACAGCAUAUUUUGAAACGUUAGCUAAGCAGUUAAUUAAAGACGGGAGAUUGGAUGUGCAUGUGUAAGCUUUAAGCUACUAAGGAUGACUGAGAACGGGGAGAUGGGAAGAAGGCAUUUACCAAGGUCUCCAUGCAUAAUUAGACGGCACAUCUGCUGUUUUAGAAAGCUAGGCUACGAAAGCUGCAAUUUGUUGCCCUUCCUAGCACGUACUGUUGCUACCUUUCUGCCGGUUUACGGGCGAAGAACUCCAGAUCAAUGCUUGGGGUGUAGAUUAAGCUCCUACUUUGUUUGUGUUUUUUUGGUGGUGACGUGCUGAGGGUGGAGUCAGUGUUUUUCGCAAUCAUAGCCUGGUGUAGUAAUCGCAGCUUGACACAGGGGAGAAAUUGCUGCUUGUUGUAUCUGUUCUUGUUGUGGGAGGAUGACCCUGCUAGGGAGGAAGUGACUGAACUGGCAAGCUGGAGACUCUGAAGCCUCUCUUUGCUUUGGUUGCUGCAUCUAGUGCCUUCUAUCUGUGUAUCUAUUAUCUAACAUGAUGCUGGCCAUGGAUGUAAUGUUGGUGUAAUAAAAUACAAUCAAAGCUGAGGCUGUUGGCUUUCGCUGGAA